GCUUGCAAUCGUACUCCGUAAAUGCGAGAUGGACGGUCAAUCCCAAGCCUCAUUUCCCUAUCUUCGUUUCUGUUCUCGACGAUUGGCUAUACCCCGACGCCACAGCAUGCGAUGAUACUUCAGGUUUGAUUGAUCGCGAAUUAUUACUUUACUUUUAUCCACCUUGAGAGCGUGCAGCUGAAACGAUGGCUGGGAAAGUAAGGCAUCCGAUUGAUACUGCGGCGCUAGAACGCUACAUUACCGAGCAUGUGCCAGAGAUCAAGGUCCCGUUGGAUGUGAAGCAGUUCGGCUUCGGUCAAUCCAACCCAACAUACCAACUCACCUCCCCCUCAGGCUCCAAAUAUGUCCUCCGCAAAAAACCCGCCGGCAAGCUGGUCUCUCAAGCCGCCCAUAAAGUCGAGCGCGAGCACCGGAUAAUCCACGCCCUCCGUAACACCUCGGUCCCCGUGCCGCAGGCCUACACCCUCUGCACCGACUCAUCCGUCCUCGGCACGCCAUUCUACAUAAUGUCCUUCAUAACCGGGCGCAUCUUCGAAGACGCAGCCAUGCCAACCGCGACCCCAACCCAACGCACCGAGCUCUGGAAAGCCGCCGUCGAAGCCCUCGCCUCCCUCCACCGCGUCGACCCGGACUCCGUCGGCCUAAGCACCUACGGCAAAAAAACCGGCUUCUACGACCGCCAACUCGCAACCUGGACGCAAAUCUGCGCCCUACAAGCCGCAACAACCGACAUCGAAACCGGCGUCCCAGUCGGCGAGAUCCCACACAUGAGCGCCUUGAUGUCCUUCUUCAGCAACGCCUCGCUGCGGCCAAAAGACAAAGCCACGCUCGUCCACGGCGACUACAAGAUCGACAACGUGGUAUUCGCGACGAACGAAGCGCGGGUAGCGGGGAUCUUGGACUGGGAAAUGAGCACGAUCGGACACCCGCUAAGUGACCUAGCGAAUUUCCUCCAUCCCUUCGUCAGCGCUUCCAUGUCCUCCCGUAUCUCCACUUCUUCCUCUUCCUCUUCCGACAAAACCGCCGUAGCAUCAGUAGUAUCCCAUCCCUCCUUCCUCCCCAACGCAACCCCCGGCCUUCCCACCCCCGCGCAAAUCCUAACCUGGUACUCCGCGGCAGCCGGGUGGACGCCGUCCGCCGAAGACGUAGCCUGGGCGUGCGCGUUCAGCGUGUUCCGGCUCGCGGCCAUAUGCCAGGGGAUAGCGGCGCGGGUGGCGCGGCGCCAGGCCAGCAGCGCCGAAGCUCAGAAGCACGCCGCCGCCAUGCCUUUGCUGGGCGAGUUUGCCUGGGAAUUAGUUAGGCGGGAGCAGGAGAAGGCGAGGGGUGCGGGUGCGGGUGCGAAGUUGUGAGUUUAGGCGAACGAUAGGUGCGUAUAUGGACAAUCUGGGUAACUUUUAUGUGGGUUUAUGUAGGAGGAUUAGUUGAGAGGAAGGUCUAACGGCGAUAUCGAAGAAGGUUUAUGUUGAGGCUUACGUGCUAGUGGAAACUCUACUAAUGGACCUUAAAUCAAGACACAUGGAUAGCGGCCGUUUUAAUUUUACAUCUUCUA